AUGGCUACUAACCUAUCAAAACAAAAUAUAUAUGAAAAAGCUUCACAAUUUUCUGCUCACUGGACACCCAAAAUAAUAGGUGAACUUAAUGGACAACAUGUUAAAUUGGCUAAACUAUUCGGAGAAUUCGGAUGGCAUUCUCAUCAAGAUGAAGAUGAACUUUUUCUAGUACUUAAAGGACAAGUAAUUAUUCAACUAAGAAAUAAUCAAAAUGGAGAUAUUGUGCUCAAUGAAGGUGAUAUGUUUAUCGUUCCUCGAGGUGUUGAACAUAAUCCAAAAGCAGAUAAUGGUGAAUGUACUGUUUUGCUAUUCGAACCUGCAUCAACAAUAAAUACAGGUGAUCAAAGAAAUGACAAAACAAAAUUAGAACUCGAACGGAUUUAG